AUGAAUAUUGCUGGUGCAAAUAGUACUGGAAAAAUUUGUUUAAAAGGUAGUCAUUUUACUUGGUGGAAUGAUAGAGAAGGUUCCGACUGCAUCUUUGAAAGGUUGGAUGGAGUUUUCAUUAAUCAACAAUUUCAGCAAUGGUUUGCACGGGUAGAAGUUGAACAUCUCACAAGGACAGGUUUCUUGAGCAUAGUUAGGGAUAAUUGGUCAAGUAAUUUGGAUGGCAAUCCUUUUAUGUUGUUUAAACAGAAACUGAAGCACGUAAAGAAGAUUCUGUCAGCAUGGAGCAAAGAAGCUUAUGGAGACAUUUUCAAGCAGCUGAUUAUUAGAGAAGAAAUUGUGAGGAUCAAAGAAGAACUAUUUGAAGGGGAUCCUUCUCCUUUGAACAGAAUGGUGCUUCAACAAGCACAGGUUGAACUAAAGAAGUAUUUGCAUUUUGAAGAAGAAUUCUGGAGACAGAAGGCUAAUGUUACUUGGUUUGCUGAAGGGGAUAGAAAUACUAGAUUUUUCCAUAAUCUGGUAAAUGUGUCUGAGGAAGAUAAUAAAUUAUUAGUUGUUGUUCCUAAUGCUGAUGAAGUCAAACAAGCAGUUUUUGCUUUGAAUGGGGAUAGUGCUUUUGGUCCUGAUGGAUUAACAGGUCACACUAAUACAAAUUUGGUUCUGUUGCCAAUGAAGCAAGAUGUUCAGACUCAUGCAGACAUGAGGCCAAUCAGCUUGAGUAACUUCAUUAAUAAAGUUAUAUCAAGAGUGGUUCAUGGUAGAUUGGAGGGCAUUUUGCCAAGGCUUGUUUCACCAAAUCAAUCUGGUUUUGCGAAGGGGAGAAGCAUUAUUGAAAAUGUUCUUUUGACUCAGGAAAUAGUCAUAAACAUAAGGAAGAGAGGAAAACCAGCAAAUGUAAUCAUCAAGUUGGAUAUGGCAAAGGCCUAUGAUAGGGAGUCCUGGUUGUUUUUUAUCAGAACUCUUAACAAGAUGGGCUUUUCAGAAGGUUUUGUGGAUAUGAUUUGGAGACUAAUAGCAAACAAUUGGUAUUUUGUGACGAUCAAUGGUUAG